AAUAGAAACUUUUUACAUAUAGACCUGCAUUUGAAUAUAUAUAUUUUUAUUUAUAAGCGAUGAUUUUUUCAAUUAAUUGAAGCUAUCCAACCUAGUUUUUGAUGACUUCUAGUAGAAUUAAGUUGAAAUGUACCAGUAUCCUUUUUUUCAUACUUCAACUUAUUUUUAGCUUCAUACAUCUUUGCAGAGUACUUUAGGAUGCCCUCAGCAUUUGGUCUCAUCAUGAUAUUCAAUGACUCGUGAGAUAUUGGUUUUUUAGAUGAAAUAUUUCGUAUAGUACUAUAUUUGUUCAUACAUUUUUUUGACUUUGUUUUAGGACGGUUGAUAGAAUUUUCAACACCAGAAUAAUUAAGUUUUAUAAAUGUUUUAUCAUUCUUUAUACUUUCAAAUAUAUUGCUACUAUCUUUGUUUUGCAUUAGAGUAGGGGUCUUUUCUGCCUUUAUCAUAUAAUUCCCCAGGGAGAUGGCUGUAAUUUAACCAUUAUAAAGUUAUUAGGUAAAAUAAGAAUUUAACAACCUUUCUUAGAAGGAGACUUUUUGCGAUUAUUGGCUGAUGUCGCUAAAGUUAAACUGAGCAUUUUGUUCGUACGACUUUCCUCGUGCAACUCUUGAAAAUCUUUCAAAUCUACGCCAUUUUGCAAAUUUUCUAAAAUUAAUUUCAUAUUUAAACAAUGAAUUUAAUAAAUAACCGUAUUCAGAUAAACUAUUUAAUGAUUCUAAUGCUUUCGUUAUUCUCUUUUGAGUCGUUCCUUCUCGUUUACCUUCGUAUUCACGACUGCUGAUUGACAAGUUUCUAUGGAAAUCUAUAACAUCCCUCUUGUUAAACUGUUGCCACUUCUCUUUAAGAAUUUGUGCCAAUCUAUUUUGAAUAUAUCUAUAAAGGAAUAUUGGAGGAUCUCUUGAAUGGAUAAGCAAGAAUGACAGCAUAAGACCUAAAUCUUUUGGUAAAAUACUUUUAGUUAAUACAGAGUAUUGAAUCAGCAUUUCAUAAGCUUCUUUUUUAGAGGCUGUUAUCAGCCAACUGUUGGACUUCUUAACACUUAAAUACAUUUCUAAUGAUCUCCAGAGUCUAAGUGCAAUAACGUAGAUCUGGGCAUUUAUAUCAUGAAGCCACGAUUCAAAGGCAUUGCCUGAUUCGUAAUCAAUAGUUAGGGCGACCACUAAUGACAAGUUCUUUCGCCUAUAUUCUAAAGCUUUUGUCAAAAUUUCACCAGAUUCGUCAAUUGGAAAGGGGUUAGACUGCACAAGAUCUUGAGAAUUUCUACUUUGAUGUAUAAUAAUUGGCGCUGAGUCGCCAUCAUUUAUUGAAUAAGUUGAAGUAAGGCUUUCCUUUAAAGUAUUGACAUUAUUAAAUUAUCAUUUUAUUCCUAUAAAACAAUCGUUAAGUUAAAUUCUCUAUAGGACAACACUUACUAGAUUAUUGUAAACUUUUACUUCAUUUUGUAAUAAAUACUUGGGUAACCAAUAAUUACAAAGAUUACUAAUUAUACUACAUUGAAGAUUUUCAAGUGCUUUUAGAAAUCCAUCGUCUUCAAACGUGCUUGUAUGAAUUAGUUUUGAAGACUCUGUCCACAAAUCCCGUAAUUGAUCAUCAUUUACGUUAAAGUAUCUGCAUUGUAACUUAGCAUACAAGCAUUUUUUUAUAACUAUAUCCCUUGUGUUUAGAAAUCUCUCUAUGUCUUUCCAAAGUAAAAACAAUCUUCCGGAACUUGAUUCCUCGUAGAAUAGUUUAAAAUUGCUAAAACUUUUGAAUUUUUGUAGUAAAUCUUUUGAUAAAUCUUGACAAAUUGUAAAAUUCUUAUAAGAUAUCGCUAGAAUUUGUUGUGAUAGCUUCCAAUACAGGAAGAUGUCGCUAUUGUAAAAGCUUGGCAAUCUAUACUGAUAUAUCCAUUUUAGGACUUUUUUCUUGAAAUUAUAACGAUUUUUUGUGGAAAUUAAAUGUUCGAUGUCAAAACUUUUAUCUUGUAAACUAUAAACUACUCUUCUAGGCCAAAUUGGUAAUGAUAAAUAGACGUUUAAGAAAUCUACGUAAGAAGUCUCAUUUAUCAAGCUUUCAAACUCUUCAAAUGACACGGUUAAGUGCUUAAUAAGAGGAUUCUUUUCUAUAGGUAAUACUGUUCUUUUCCAUUCAUUCUUAUCGUUUAUUCUCUCGUUCUCUCUAGAACAAGUGUUACGCUGUUGAAGUUUCGAAAUUGGAUUAAAUUUUAAUUUUAAGAUUUCAUUUAUAUUCGUAGAGGAUGGAAUAUUUAUAUUGCAACCGGAAGUCGAAUAACUUGACGAGCCAGUGUUCUUAUCAUUCAAAAGAUUUAAUUUUUGAUAAACUUCCGAAUUACAAUGUGAUGAUGUUUCUUUUAUCAAAUUAUGAAUUCGUUCUAUUUGGCCCUUUCCUCCAGCCAUAUAAAAUUCUAUUAGAACAUUUCAUCUACUAAUAAUGCUUCUGAUCAUAUACAAUGCUUUUCACUAAAUAUUUCAUUAUCUUACGAAACGAUAAUAAUAGGAAUCAUAAAUAAAUUAUUGUAAAUUAAUUCAAAUUUGAAAUAAUGUAUUUACUGUUGAUCAUCUUUAUAAUGAAUAAAUCACAUUGUAAAUUACCAUCGGCAAAGCCACUUUUAACCAAAGAGAAAUGUUUACUUGACAGCUAAUCAUUAAAAGUAGAGCCUCAACAACUUUGGAAAAAGCUAAUUUCACCCCUAAAGCAUAGACGCCUCCGCCUUGUUAUGCUCUAGUUUUAGUUACUACCAUAUUAGCGUGGUUUGUACUCCCAUUUUCAGAUUGUUCUUUAGAAUCUUUUAAGAUUUAGCAAGUCCUAGUCAAUAGAAUUGCUUACGAUAAUUUCAAAGUGAUCAACAAAAGCAAAUUUGUUUUAAAACAACAUUGCAACGAGGAAUAAAAAUGAAUCAAUAUAAGCCUUCAGUUUUCGAAGAUGCGUAGUGGCGCCACCCAUAAAACGAAUCGGCAACUUUCUCAUUACUGCAAUGCCUGAAUUCAAAGAGAAGUCGAAAGAAGAAAAAUCUUUCGGAGGUCGCUUAACCUACCAUAUGUCUCCUCAUGCAUUUGGUAUGGGAUUACUCCCUUCUUCUCCAUACUUGCACGUGCCGCAUCAAACAGGUGGAUUUUACCGAGAUUCUGGUCCGGUCGAUCUAUCCGGGGCAGGAUCAGAAAAGAUGAAUAAACAAACGGUUUUACCCGUUUACCACCCUCCACCCCCUCCACCAUUAGCUCUUCAAACUGAACAUCAAAAUUUUUCUCAUCCACCACCAACUUCCGUCCCUAUACAAUCAACGAAAUCAAACGUCCAAUUAGCACCACCACCACCGCUCAUUGUCUCAUCAAAUGUUGAACAGAUUUCUAAUUCACCACCGCUUAACGGAAAUUCGCACUCUAACGUCGCUAGUUCUAUGCUUAAGUACCAAACUAAUAACAAUAACGCAAAAUUUUCUGAAGUCAAAUUAACAAGGGAAGCGAUGCGAGCAUACCUGGAUCAUCGCUGUCACCAUACCCUACUGAUUUAUCACGCUAAAGUUGCACAGAAGAGUUAUGGAAAUGAAAAAAGAUUCUUUUGUCCUCCCCCUUGUAUAUAUUUAAAGAAUGGCGGUUGGAAAAGACGCUUGGAGCAGAUGGAAAACGAAGGGAUCCCCGAAGGCGAUAGACAAUUAUGCGCAUUUAUGGGCAUUGGUAAUUCAAAUCAUGAUAUGAAUCAAUUACAAUUGGAUGGUAAAGACUACUGCGCUGCCAAGACACUUUUCAUAUCGGAUGCUGACAAGCGAAAACAUUUCCAUCUUAACGUCAAAUUAUUCUAUUCUAACGGCCACGAUAUUGGAUCGUUUCCUUCAAAGCGUAUCAAGGUUAUAAGCAAACCAUCAAAAAAGAAACAAUCUCUGAAAAAUUCAGAUUUAUGUAUAGAAAGUGGAACCCAGGUGGCGUUGUUCAAUCGUCUUAGAUCACAAACGGUUUCAACCAGAUAUUUACAUGUUGAGAAGAGUGGUGAUAGUUACAAUUUCCAUGCUUCGUCAACUCAUUGGGGGUCGUUUACAAUUCAUCUCUUGGACAAUAACGAAGAUGAAAGUGAAGAAUUCAGUGUUUGCGACGGUUUUAUUCACUACGGCCAAACCAUUAAACUAGUCUGUGUCGAAACGGGUAUGACAUUACCACGUCUCAUAAUUAGAAAAGUCGACAAGCAAACUGUGCUGCUCGACGCUGACGAUCCAGUUUCUCAGCUUCAUAAAUGCGCAUUUUAUAUGAAAGAUACCGAACGCAUGUAUGUUUGCCUCGCUCAAGAGCGAAUAAUUCAGUUUCAAUCGACACCCUGCCCAAAAGAACCUAACAGAGAAAUGAUAAACGAUGGGGCGUCUUGGACAAUAAUAUCAACAGACAAAGCCGAGUACAGCUUUUUUGAAGGUAUGGGUGCAGUUGACAAGCCACUAACGCCAGUGCCGACAGUUACUCAAUUGGAAGUAGCUGGUGGAGGAGAUGUUGCCAUGCUUGAGCUAAGUGGUCAUAAUUUUACAGCGAAUCUCAAAGUAUGGUUUGACGUUGUUGAAGCGGAAACAAUGUUCAGAUGCGAAGAAUCUAUGCUUUGCGUUGUACCCGAUAUAUCGUAUUUUAAUUCUGAUUGGAAGUACGUUCAUUCAACUUUAAAAGUACCAAUAUCCUUAAUAAGAGGCGAUGGAGUAAUUUAUCCAACUGGUCUGAAUUUUACGUAUACACCUGAACCGGGGCCACACAAUUCCCAAAUUAAACACCUACAAUCAUCUUUAAAUACUUAGAUUAUUAUUUUUUCUCAAUUGAAAACUAAUUCAAUUCUAGUAUCAUAUUUUUAAAUGAGAUUGUUGAUAUUGUCAAAAUUUUUAGAGUAUUAUUUUUCUCUGUAUAUCUUUUUCAUUUGAAUUUUAUCUUUUUCUCUUAAUUAAUUCUAUUAAUCCUAAACAGAAU